AUGCAAACAUUUCAGAAACCAGAGAAUGCUCUUAAGAGAGCAGAAGAAUUACAAUUUAUUGGUCAGAAUGAAGAUGCUUUACAAAUACUUCACAGUGCUAUUGGGCAUAGGACAUUUCGUUUACAAGGUUGGCAUAUAUUACAAGAACAAAUUAUGUUAAGAUAUAUUGAAUUUUGCUUGUAUUUAGAAAAGUUAAGUUUAGUUAAAGAUGGUUUACAUCAGUAUAGGAUAAUUUGUCAACAUGGAAACAUUGCUUCCUUAGGAAAAGUUAUUACUGAUUUUAGAGAUAAAGCAGAAGAGAAAGUUCGAUUAGCAAAAGAAAAUGUUGCUUUAAAUAAAGAGAAAAUUGAACAAGAAGAAAGUAAUGUAGAUGUUACAGAAAAAAUAUUAAUGUCUUCUUUAGAUAUCGAAAUAACAGGAAAACAUGAACGAAAAUUACAAAAUGCAUAUAGAAUUUGUAUGGAAACCUAUAAAAUGAUUUUAGAAAUUUUAAGAGCUACACCCAAAUUAGAAAAAGCUUAUCAUGAGACAGCUAAAAAAGCUAUUCUUUUUUGUAAAGAUAAUAAGAGAGUAACCGAAUUUAAAAAAUUAAGUGAUUUAUUAAGAAAUCAUUAUAAUUUAAUACUUAGAGGAAAACACAAACCUGAAUAUCAAUCCCUACUAAAAAUUGAAUACCAUUUAGAAACCAAAAUUAUUCAAUUAGAAGCUGCAUGUGAAUUAGCUAUGUGGAAAGAGGCUUCCAAUAUUGCUGAGGAUAUUUACAACUUAAAUAUGCAUGAUUAUUUUUACAAAUCAUUAAAAUCUAAUAUUAUGAUGGAACCUGAACUUGUUUCUGUUAUUGAAACGGUAAAGCCAGGUGACAAAAAUGAAGAGGAAAAAAAUAAAGAAAAUGAUGUGGAUAACGAUGGAAAUACAAAAGAGGAUGUUUUAAAAGGUGUUGAACAACAAGAUAGUAAUAUGGAAAAUAAUAACAAUAAUAAUAAUAAUAGCAAUAAUAAUAGUAAUAGUAAUAAUAAUGAUAAUAAUAAUAAUAAGGAGGAAGAAGAUGAUGGAAAAACCCCAAGUGGAGAAACAAUAAACAAAGCAACAGAUGGAAAUGUUGGUACUGGUCAUAACACUUCUCAGUCAUUAAAUCAAUCUAAAGAAAAAUUAAGAAAUUGGAUAGCUGUAUUUUAUGAAAAGAUGGCAGAUAUAUUAUUCGUUUAUGAAAGUGAAUUAUUUCAUGGAUUAGCUUGGUUAAAAUACUGUUUUCAUGUAUUAAAUUUUAAAAGAAAUAUGACUGAAAAAGAAAAAACUUAUAUUUGUAAUAAAGCUGUUUUAGCUGUACUAUCAAUACCUGUUAUUGGAAAUAAAAAGAAAAAUGAAGAUUUUACUAAACAAUUUGAAGCGCAUAAAAAAAUGUCGCAACUUUUAGGACAUACUAGUGUACCAGUAAAAGAAUCUUUAAAGAAUGCAUUAAGAAUAAGAAAUGUUUUAAAUUAUGCUGAUGAAAAUAUACAAAAAUUAUAUUCAUUGUUAGAAAAUCAAUUUACACCAUUAAGUUUGUGUUUAGAAUGUGAAGUAUUAUUAAAAGAAUUGGAAAAUACAGAAUAUGCUAUAUAUACUAAAAAAAUUAAAGAAGUCAUUUUUCAUAAACUUAUAUUACAAUUAUCUAGAGUAUAUAGUUAUAUUUCGAUUGAUUAUUUUAUUGAAAAUAUAUGUCCAGAUCAUUUUAUGUCAUGGAACGAAGCAGAAAAAAUGUUAGUCGAUUUAGUAUAUCAAAGGGAGUUAGAAAUGAAAAUUGAUUUAACCAUGAGAGCUAUCCAUUUUGGAGAUAAACAAGUUUUAAAUAGUAGUAUGUUAAUUAAGGAUUCUCUUAUUAAUAUGUAUAACGAUCUUCAACAUGGACUAAAAAUGAUUAAUGAAACAAUAGCUGUAGAGAAUGAAGUAGAAAAUUUAACCAUGUCAACCUUGACAUAUGAAGAAGAAUUUGCAUUCUUAGAUAAGAGUAAUAAAACUAUUAAUUAUAAUACAGCACCCAUUGAGGAUAUUAUUGAAAAUGAAGUAUUUGAGGAGAAACCUAUUGAAAAUGAAAAAUUAUUAAAGAAAAUUUACGAAAAGAUUGAUGAAGAACAUCAAAAAAUACAAUUACUAAGUGAAGAACAUAAUAAAAAGAGAAAAGAAUUAUUGAAGAAACAAAAGGAAUUGGAACAAGCUCAACUCAAAUUAAAAAUGGAAAAGAAAUUAUUAGAAGAAAAACUUGAAAAGGAGAAAAAAGAAGAAUUAGCUAGAAAGGGUGAAAAAUUAAGAAUCAAAGAAGAAAAACAUAAAAAGAAAACUGAAGCCGCCGAACAAAUGUUAAAAGAAAUUAAAAAAUUAUGUUCAACAAAUACUACGAAAAUAUUAAUGAAAGGUAAAUAUAUGGAUGAAAUCACUAUUGAUGAUAUAUUAAAUGGAUAUGUUGAUUUUGAUGAUAUUGAAGAAGCGCAAGAAAAAUUAAGAUUAAAUGAAAGAAAUGAAAUUAUUAAAGUCAGAAAAAUGGAAGCUAAAAAGGUUGAUCAUUAUUUCAGAGCUGUUAGGCAAGUUGAACUUAGUCAUAUGAAUAGAUGGAUUGCUCUAGUUUUCCAAGAAGAUACCGAAAUUUUGUUACAAGAACAGAAAGCUGCUGAAGAAGAACAAAAGGCUGAUUUUGAAGCUGCCUUAAAAGAAAAAGAAGAGUAUGUGAAAUUUUCUGUCGAUAUUGAAGAAUUUACCAAAAAUGAAAUGAAAUUAAGAGUUGAAGAAUUUGAAAAGAAUUUGAAAGCUCAAAAAGAAAGACUAUAUAAUAUAUUAAAGGAAGAAAAAAUUCAGAGAGCAAAGGAAAGAAGAGAUCAACAUAUUAGGAAAAUAAAAGCAGAAGAAGAAAGAAAACGAAGGGAAGAGGAGGAAGAAAGGUUAUUGAAAGAAGAGAUGGAAAGAAAGAAAAAAGAAGAAGCUAGAAAGAAACUUGAGGAAAUUAGUAAGGUGCAAAGAGAAAGAGACUUAGAAAUGGACUUACAAAUGAAAAGGAAAAAGGAAGAAUCCAGAAGAAGUGAAAGGUCUCAUAGAAAGUCUUCUAUUGAUGAUGAUUUAACAUGGAGAAGAGGUGAUAAAGGAGGAUCCCAGAAUGGAGAUGAUUCCUAUAGAAGACAUGAUGAUCAUCAUGAUGGUACUCAUAGAGAUAGAUCUGAAAUGAGAGACAGAAGAGAUUGGAGCGGCAGAGAUCGUGAUAGGGACAGAGAAAGAGAUCGCGAUAGAGAUAGAGAACAUAGAAGAGAUAGUCAUAGAGAUAGAGAAAGGGAUCGUGAUAGAGACAGAGAAAGAGAUCGUGAUAGAGAUAGAGAAAGAGACCGUGAUAGAGAUAGAGAAAGAGACCGUGAUAGAGAUAGAGAAAGAGAACGAGAUCGUGACAGAGAUAUUAAAAGAAGUGAUAGAGAUCAUAAAAAAGAUAGAGAUGACAAAUUGGAUAGGGAUUCAAGAAGACGUGAAAGAAGUGGAAAACCAGAGAAUGAAAGAAAAAGAGAGAGUGAAAUAUCAAAGAGAAAUGGUACUACUGAGGAAAGAACUAAAAAUGCAUGGAAUUUAAAAGAAGAUGAUGAUUCAAAAGCAAAACACGAAACAAGUGAAGAAAAUACAAAAAGUUGGAGAAAUAGUAAUAAAUUAAUAGAUAAUGAAAAUGAAAAGACAGAAAGAUAUAAAGAAGGGGAUAAAAAAAAUGGUGGAAAAGAUAAAGAGAAUGAUGAAUUAGCUAAUGGAAAUGAAGAAAAUGAAAAUGAUGAAGAUAGAAAAAAUGACGACGAAGAAGCUUCAGAUGGAGGAGAUUUCACUGUAUUUAAGAAAAAAAAAAGAAAUAUCUUAAGAUUCUUUAUGAAAGCAUAG